UGGUUUGUCCGGGGUGGUUUCCUGCCUUCACGAUCACGUCAUCUCAAGAUUGUCGGAGGGUGUUUGCGUCUCAGCGUGUGCGUAUGAUGUGCUUGUUCGGCUCGGGAGGGCAACGGGGUUUGGUUUGUACGGCCGCGUGUUCUUGGCUGCCUUCCUUGGUUGCUCCAGGUUUGGGUUGUCUCGGUACCUGUUGUCCUACUCCACGGGAUGCGCGGCCGUGUGUUGGAUUCCGUGGGUUAGGGUGGUGCCUGAGAUUUUCAGGAUGCGAUUGGUGGGUUUCGGGUCUAGCAAAUGACUCGAUUUGCUUGCUUUGGCUGCUCAGGUUUGUAGGGUUGCUCCCAGGUCAAGUGAUUGUGAAUUGGAGAGUGUUUUAUCGUCAGGUUGAUAUGUCCUAGUUAUGGUGCAGUCUUCAAUUCCAAGAAAAUGGAAACACUUCAGAUUGAAAACAAUGGUGGUGACCAAAUAUCUUUAGAAGCUGUCCAUGCUUCGGAUGUGAUCCAUGAUGACCCACCAAUAGCACCACGCAUAGGAAGUGAGCACCAGGCAGAAAUCCCCAAUCUAGCAACAGAGGAUGAACGAUGUCAGCUCAUGGCCAGCUCACUCUACAGUUGCAAGUUUGAUGGGUAUGAUUAUCCUAGUGUUAUUGGGAAAGCUAUACCAAUCAUAUCGGGAAGCAAUCCACCUAGUGAAGUCAACAAGAAGGAAGAUAAAUUUCAGACACUGCAUUCUUUAGAAACUGAAUCAAGAACCAGUUCUGUGAGUAAUCAAGUUUAUGAUGGUGUAUGCAGUGACCUCUUCACUGACAGGCAAAUGGUGUAUCAAAGAGAAUCAGCACAAUUUGCUUCACUACCUGGUUUAUGUGCCUCCGUUUGGAAUGAUCUAGAAGAACAGUGCUUUCUUCUUGGGCUGCAUAUUUUUGGUAAAGAUUUCAGCCUGUUGAGCAAGUUUGUAGGGAGUAAGUCUGUCAGGGACAUGCUUCCCUACUACUAUGGAAGGUUCUACAAGGGAGAUGCACAUAACAGAUGGUCGCACUGUAGAAAGACAAGAAGUACUAGAUGUAUUCUUGGGAAAAGCAUUUUUACUGGUCGGCGACAACAGGAGCUUAUAUCUCGUUUGAAAUCUAAAAUACCCAAAGAAGCUCAUAAUUCGUUAGUUCAGGCUUUGAAGUCUUUAAGUGAUGGCCUGACAUCUUUAGAGAAAUGUGUCUUCACUCUGAAAUCUAUUGUCGGACCGGAAGCUUUUGUUGAGGUGGUUGGGAUUGGUUCAGGGAAGCAUGAUUUGACUGGAUUUGUUCAGGACACAUCCAAAAAAACCAAAGCUCUAUCUGUUUGCACCAAGAUGCCUAAAGGCAUAAAUUGUUCCACGCUUGCUAGAGAAGACAUUAUCAAGUUCUUAACAGGUGAUUUCAGGAUAAGUAAGGCAAAAUCAAAUGAAUUAUUUUGGGAAGCUGUCUGGCCCCGUUUGCUUGCAAGAGAGUGGCAUUCAGAGCAGCCAAAAGACAUCCGCACAGCCAAGAGUUGCCUUGUGUUUCUGGUUCCGGGCAUAAAAAAAUUCUCAAGAGAGAAGCUCACUAAGGGCACUCACUAUUACGAUUCUAUCACCGACGUCCUUAAAAAAGUGGCAGCAGAUCCCACUCUUCUUGAGCUAGAGAGUGAUGGAAUAGAUAAUGGGACAACCGUUCAAAGAAAUGGUCAGGCAACAAGCAAAGAAGAUCCUGUGAAUAGUGAUCAGGAGCUUCUGAUGUUCACCAUAAUUGAUACUACCUUGGUCGAAGGGGAAGAGCCCUUCAAAGUGAGGGCGCUGAGAAGAUUACCUGGUGAUGAAAAUGUUAAUUUUGGAACUAAAAAUCGUUCAGAUUAUGUGUUGAGUGGUAGUUCCUCUCAGGAGCAAGAUAGUGGUGAUCGCUCAUCAGAUGACCAGGAAUAUCACGGACAGGUGACAGCUUGUGUGAAUGAUAUUGAAAUGGAAUCAGUUUACCAUACAGCCAAAGAAUCCUGUGCGGAUUUGUUGGAAAACAGGGGGGCUGCAACAUGCUCUGUUUUUGCAGUUAAUGGUCAUUGUUCCGAUGAUCAGCACUCGGAAAUUUCUAAUGGAAAUGGUGACCAAAUUGACUUGACAUGCUUCUCUGGCCUUGGAACAAAAACUGACAGACAUGUGUAUUUAUCCCCAAAGCGCAGAAGAUUUUCUAGGUGUAGCAAUGACCAGACCAGCCAAUUCAGCUUUUCUUCCCCAAAUGAUGAGGGUUUAGGGAAGGACAAAUUGAAGCCUCUAUCCACUUCAUCAGAGCCAACUGUUGUUGAUCUUGGUAUUGGUGGUUGUUCCCAAACCAGAGGAUUGGCAAGCUGUUCCACAAAGGUUAACUCGUGCGAGGAGAUAACAAAUGUUGUGAAGUCUACUUCCAAUGGUGAAUCACUUGGCAAGAGGAAUGUGCCGAAUAUAAAUGACGACGAGUCAUUAGAGGGAAAGUUUGACACAGUGACCGAAGAAGGGACUCAGGUCAGUCGCUUGGUUGAUCUGAAUAAACUGCAGACAGCACCUACAGGCAAUCAUGAUCAUCUGCUGCGAAAUGAAGAUGGACCUUCUUCCAUUUCGAGUAGUGAGAUAGUUCCUGAUGUUUUGGAGGCCACUGGAAAACCUGAUGUGGCUGUUCAGAAGAGCCCUCGGAGGCAUGGAACUAGAAACCGGUCUCUCAGCAGAAAAGCUCUGGAAGCUUUUUCUGUUGGUGACCCCGGAGGUGCAAAGCGUAAGGGUGACUCCCACAGCUUGAUGACAAGAAGGCCUCCCAAGCGGACUCGCAAAAGUAAAGACUGAAUUUCUACAUCACCUCUAGUGGUAGAGAGAAACCCGGCUAAUUGGAGGCUGGACUGCAAUGAUGAGCAUACCGUCUUUGCAUGGCUCAGGUGAGCAACCUGUUGACGCUGAGGGUGAUGGAUUUCACAACGAGAGGUCCUGACAAUCAGUUGUCCCAACCAUCCUCAAUCCAUUUCUUCUGGAGUACUUCAUGUUCGCGAUGCAGGUGUCUGUGAUGAUGGUUCUACAGAUGCAUGAUGACUCCUGCAUGGGCAAAUUGAUGCGCGAGAAAGAAUUUAGAAAUUUACAUUUUGUUUGUAUUUAGUGUACAAGGGUGUGCAGAACCCAACUUGUAUACCGGGGAGAAAGAUAAACACCAUGUUGACCUGUUCAUUGUGCUCAAUAGUACAUGUUAAUUGCUUCCCUCUA